CAAUAGAUCCUAAUGGUUUAAAAAGGGAACCUCAAGGUUGUGUUUUCCUUUGUGCUGUUCAAGAGCAUCAACAUCAGCUAGCUCUCAGUACUAGCUAGCACCAUAUAUAUAUAUAUAUAUAUAUAUAGCUGUAUAUUAGAGAUAGAGAGAGAAAUAAAUCAAUAAGAGAGAUGGGUAGGGCUCCUUGUUGUUCCAAGGUCGGAUUGCAUAGAGGUCCAUGGAGUGCAACAGAGGAUGCAUUGCUUACCAAGUACAUUCAAGCUCAUGGUGAAGGAAAUUGGAGAUCUUUGCCCAAGAAAGCUGGUCUACUUAGAUGUGGAAAAAGCUGCAGGCUAAGAUGGAUGAACUACUUAAGACCGGACAUAAAGAGAGGGAACAUCAGCCCGGAGGAAGAUGACCUUAUUGUCAGAAUGCAUGCCCUUCUGGGCAACCGUUGGUCUCUCAUCGCAGGAAGGCUUCCCGGUCGAACCGAUAACGAGAUCAAGAACUACUGGAACACCCAUCUCAGCAAAACCCAACAACAAACUAAUGAUCCCCGAAAUACCCACAAAAAAUCAUCAUCACAACCGUCCAAGUCCACCAAGAGCAGCAAAAACAAAAGCAAAAAGGCCAAAAUUUACAUUCCAAAGCCCACUAGGUUUCAUUGUUUGUCAAGGAACAGCAGUUUUGAUUGGACAGACACAGGCACAGGCGCAGGGACAGAGGUUGUAGUAGACGAUGAUAUUAUGAAUGUGCCGUGGUCGUCGUCUAACAAGGUGAUCACAGACAAUGAUGAUGACAAUAAUCAUGAGGUUGGCAGCUUUUUUAUGUUAGGUACGGGCAAUGAUGAUCAUGGUGUUGUUAACGGCUCAGAAUAUUGUCAGUCUGCAGGCAACGGCAACACUAGUAGUAGUAGUCGUCGUCUAGAGAAUGUGUUUGAUGAGUAUCUACGUACACUUCUGAAUACAGAUGAAGAGGAUGAUCAACUACUACUACUUCAUGAUGAUCAGUUAGAUUCCUUUGAUAUGGACUCAUUAUUCUUUAUGUGAUCCAUCAUAUGUUCGUACGUAAUUAUUAGUACUGGCCGGUCUAAGCUACUUUGAUUAUUUCACGUGCUCACCAGCUUCCUCCAUCUGGCCGUUAAUGCCAACUUCGUUUGGAAUUACUUCAAUUGCGAGUAUUAGUGUUGUUUAUUUC